AUGUCAUCAUCGAAUACAUCAUCUUAUCCAUAUGCAGCUCGACAAGUCGCGAUCUAUGCAGGCAUUCCCACAUUAAUCGGUGGUUUGUUUGGCGAAGUGAUGAAUAUCAUCGUAUUUUUAAGUUUGAAAACCUUUCGAGAAAACUCCUGUGCGUUUUAUCUUACUGUUAUGUCAUUUGUUAAUAUUGGUCAAUUAAUCACAAGUUUACUCUUUCAAAUCAUGAUACGAGGAUUUAAUAUCGAUUGGACACAAACCUCGGUAUUCUAUUGUAAAUUUCGUAUAUUUAUUCUUCAAUUUUGUACAUUAAUGUCCUGUACAUGUAUGUGUUUAGCAACCAUAGAUCAGUUUUUCGCUACAUGUUAUACUCAAUUCUGGCAACGAUUGAGUAAUAUUAAAUUAGCGCGAAUCCUAACUAUGAUUUAUUUUUGUAUAUGGAUCGGCCAUGGAAUUCCUUAUUUGGUGUACCUUGAUGUUGUUAGAAAUCCAUCAACGGGCGACACGAUUUGCACUAUUAUCAAUGAGACUUUUACGAAUUAUUUCAAUUAUGGAUUUAUAAUAAUUCUCGCUGGCUUUUUACCCAUAUUUAUUUCGAUCUUUUUCGGUAUCUUAGCCUAUCGAAAUGUACAAAAUUCAAUUUAUCGAGCAGUACCAUUAAUUCGACGUGAAUUGGAUCGGCAAUUAACUACAAUGGUUCUUGUUGAAGUGGUUUUCAGUUGUAUUACAACAGCUCCGUAUAUAAUUCUAUAUGUAAUCAUACGUGAUCCGCAAAUAACCAAAAAUCCAUUCGUUUAUUCUCGAUUACAAAUAGCUUCAUCGGUAUUGUUCAAUGCAUAUUUUUUGCAUUAUGCUACCCCAUUUUAUAUAUACAUGUGUAUUUCUGAACGAUUUCGUCGUCAAUGGCUUUAUGUGGUAUUCGAAAUGCAUAUGAAUCGUUGGAAUCAACCAACAUUCCCUAUCAAUCAAAUCAGUCCAUCAUCUAGGCACUAG